ACACGGCUGCUACUCUGAAACCUGUCAUUAUAGAAGGAAAAGAAAACACAAAUAGAACUAUCUCAUCAUAUUUUUAUAGAAGUUAAAGAACUAGAACAAAGAACUUUCAAAAAGAAGAAAGAGUAAUUCAUUCCUCAGCUUUAUAACAAGGACAGCAAAGACAGAACAGUGGUUUCAGUUGGAACAGUAUGCAUCCUUUUGGGACCAUACUGUACACGGAGCUGUGUGCAUAAUUGAUUUUUCAGUUCCGUGGCUAAAUCUGUGCGAAGAAAGGGGGAGGCAAAAAUGAUGAAGGAGGGAAAAGUUUUCAGAGUUAUCCAAGAGAACUGCUGGAAUCCAGAGGUUCGGGUUAAAGAGAUGAACAAAUCAGGAGUCACUGUACAAGCCCUUUCUACAGUUCCUGUAAUGUUCAGCUAUUGGGCCAAACCUGAGGAUACUUUAGAUCUGUGCCAAUUAUUAAAUAAUGACUUAGCUGCUACAGUAAAAAAGUACCCCAAGAGGUUUAUUGGCCUUGGCACAUUACCUAUGCAAGCACCAGACCUGGCUGUGAAGGAAAUCCAUCGCUGUGUGAAUGAGCUUGGCUUUCCUGGGGUACAGAUAGGAUCUCAUAUCAACGAAUGGGACCUGAAUGCACCAGAACUGUUUGCUGUCUAUGCUGCUGCUGAAUUAUUAAACUGUUGUCUGUUUGUGCAUCCCUGGGACAUGCAGACAAAUGGAAGGAUGUCUAAGUACUGGCUUCCCUGGCUGGUGGGCAUGCCAGCGGAAACAACCAUUGCCAUUUGCUCCAUGAUUAUGGGAGGGAUUUUUGAAAUUUUUCCUAAACUGAAAGUUUGCUUUGCCCAUGGAGGUGGCGCUUUCCCAUAUACAUUAGGGCGUAUUUCCCAUGGAUUCAGUGUGCGCCCUGAUUUGUGUGCAGUGGAUAAUAAAGUUGAUCCAAAAAAAUACCUCGGUUCCUUUUACACGGAUUCACUUGUCCAUGAUCCUCGAGCCCUAAAGUUGCUAAUCGAUGUAAUAGGAGAGGACAAAGUUCUUUUGGGAACAGAUUACCCUUUUCCACUGGGAGAACUAGAACCUGGAAAACUGAUUGAUUCUAUGGAAGAGUUUGAUAAUGGACUAAAGGAUAAACUCAAAGCUGGCAAUGCUCUGGCAUUUUUGGGUCUUGAUAGAAAACAAUUUGAAUAACAUUAACAGAGACCAAAUUUCAGCAAUAAUAUUGUAUCCUUUUAUAUAUUUGUGUACAUGUAUACACGUGUAUUGCUAUCAUAUCAAUGUCAAAUAAAAUCUACAUAUAAAUGAUAGUAUUUACUGGUAUCCUCAAAGUAAAAGCAAGGGCACUGGAAAUCCACAUGUGGGAAUUUCUGUGUCCUAAAGAUUUAGGUUGUACCUGCAGAUUUUUGGGAUCCCUGCUUUUCUACAGAGAUUUCAUUUCUUUCAAUUUUGAUGAUGAUAAUCUUCUGAAUACAAAUCAAUGCAAAGUUAUCAGUUCCAGGUUUCUUGAAAAAACAAAUAGCUCAUUGAGAGUUGUGAAUUUCCCCCAUUUAUUUCAGUUGUCAACUAUGAACCCUAAUGAUCACAAUGUAAAUAUUAAUACAUAAAUAAUACACAGUGUGAUUCAAUGUUCCAUUCACUUAAAAGGGUAUUCUUCAUGAAUAAAGCUGCAUGUUUUAAAUGUGAAAUAUAUUAAUGGUUGUUUCUAAUUUUUUAUUUUACGUUUUUAUUCUCAGUGUAGAACACCUUCCCCAGCUGACAAAAUUAUUUUCUUUAUCUAGGAUGUCCCAGUUUUCUUGGAUAGUGAAGGGUAGGUUGAAACCUGGGCUUUCAGUAUUGUUGGGUGACUGCCUGGACAACCUCUUCCCAGAAGCAUUUUUAAGUCGUCGGAAUGAUAAUGCUUUGCCCUUAUUCUUUCCCCUCUCAUUUGUUCAGGUUUCAGUACACUGCUACUUGUGAUGUCAUAAUCUCACUAGUUCUCUAGUCUUCCAUAGAAUCUUCCAGGAAAAGCAAGACAGAUAAGACCUGAAUUCCUAAUGUAGCUGAGCACCUCCACCCUACUUUACAGACUGAACCUGAAAGAUGCUGAACAUCAGCAAUUCUCUUGGAUAUCAUCAGCCUGUGGUGAACUGCAAACGAAAAAAAUUGAGCUUGCACCUGAUUUUGCUUCUUUAUAGUAUAUGAAAAAUCCUGAAAGGCUUGGAAGUCUUUUUUAAGGGUAAGAGGUUUUUGUUUUCGGUUUUUGCUUAUUUUACACAUUAGGAAUUCAGGUCUUAUCUAUAUUAUUUCUCCGAGAAGAUUAUAUGGAAGAGUACAGAAAUUCAAUGGGAGCUAAGGGUGCUCAGCACCUCUUAGUAGACACUCAGCACCUCACAGCACCAGGCCCUUAGAUAGAUACAUUCCAGGGCCUAAAUUAAUAUACUACAAAGGAAUUUAGAUGCCUAAAAUCCCAGUUUUAGGUGACACAGUGAUCCACAAAAUCUCCACUUAGUUAUUGCCUAACCCUAUAGGUGCCUAAACUCAGUAGGUGCCUACGUUUUUGCAGUAGAAGUUCCCUAGACACCUAUGUUUUUGCCUCUGGGCAUGUGCACUGCUGCCUCAUUCCAGGCACCUGGACAGCUAUCUCCUAAACCCCAGGUCAAUCCACAAAGCAUGGGAGGGUAGACAUUCCUCUCACAAUCUUGCUGUAGGGUCCAAUCUGGAAGCCAUGCUCAAAGGCUGCCUAACUUCACACAAAAACAUCAGGGUGGGGGAAGAGAAGGAAGACAGGGACUACUUUAGAACCUUUAGUCCAGUGGUUAUGGUACUCAUUCAGAAUGUGGGAGACCUCCUGUUUCAAGUUUGUCCUCUGCUUGAUGAGAAGGAAUUUGAACAGGGCUACUCUACCUCUCAGGUAAAUUCCCUAGAUACUGGCAUAUAGAAUGCUUCUCAUUUUCUCAGGCCCAAUUAAUAUUUAAUUAAAGUGGAACAACUUUAACAAGAGCAAUGGAAAAAGACCCACAUGAGAAUAUCUUGUAGUCCAAUGGCUAGGUCACUUACCUGAGAGGUAAGAAACCCCCAUUCUGAUCCCUUCUUCUCAUCAGGCAGAGGGAAGAUUUGAAGCAGGGGUCUCCUACAUCCCAUGUGGGUACUCUGCCACUGGGCUAAAGGUAUAAGGGAGGCAUUUGCUGCUGCUUCAUGAAGUUAGUCAACACGUAACUCCACCUUGCAGGAAACAACUUAGGCGCCUAAGCCACCUGGCUCCAGAAGGGGAGU